AGUGUGAAGAAAAGUAAUUUAAAGCGACAACAGAAGAAACAUUUUUACUUAGCGAAAAGUUGCAUAAUAAAUACAUAAAGAAGAAAACUCAAAUUAUCGCAUCACAUUUCAAACAACUUGACUGAGAUUGUUUAAGUAGGUUUUUAAAAUUAGUGAAGUAUGUCGACGCAGAACACAAUUGUCGAGCGGGCAUCAGCUGAGCUUACAAAACGCAUCAAUGGACUGAGAAAGCACGGAAACAGCAACUCAAGUUCUAUCAAUAGCAGCACUUCAAUUGUCGGUAAAACGAGCGUGAUGGAGCGCGUAACAAACGUGCUUUGUGGUGGUUCGUCAAGUAAUGUUCACAAUAAUAACAACAAUACCAUAAACAACAAUACUAACUCGUCGAACGCUCCCACGACUGUGUCAAUUAAUACUCCCGAGAAACCGUAUCGAUAUCAAAAUAAAAAUCAACAUAACAAUAUCUUCGCCCAACAUGGAAAGAUGAGCGUAACAACAACUACAAAUGUUACGAAUCAAAACUCAAAUUCCAAUCAAUCAACUCCCCAAUCGUUGAGAAAAUAUCAUCAGACUAAGUCGCAAUCAGGAACAAAACGUUUCGUGCCACCGGCGACACAAAUAUUUAACAUCGAGCAAUUGUUUCUCGACGAAAGAUUUCUCCAGCAAUUUUUUCUUUACUUUUCAUCUUAUGAUCGUCGCGAUUUAGCUCAAGUAUGCACCAAAUGGAGAGACAUCCUAUAUCGAAAUCCCAUUUAUUUCUCUGGCCUUGUGCCAGUUCUUCAAUGCCGUGAAUUAAGGGUAACCGGGAGUCAAGAUAAAGUGAAACUUUACAACUCCAUAAUACGUCGGGGAUUCCAUUCAAUUGCCUUAAGUGGCGCAACUGAUGAAGAUGCUCUCGAUAUCGUUCAUUCAUUUGCAUUAGCAUCAAAGCAUAUUCACUCAUUGAGUUUACGAUGUUCGUCGAUCAGCGACCGGGGACUUGAAGCACUUUUAGAUCACUUACAAUCCCUUUUUGAACUUGAACUUGCAGGUUGUAAUGAAAUUACUGAAGCCGGCUUAUGGGCUUGUUUGACAAGUCGUAUUGUAAGCUUAUCCCUUGCCGAUUGCAUCAACGUAGCAGACGAAGCUGUCGGUGCUGUUGCUCAACUGCUUCCGUCACUUUAUGAAUUCUCCCUUCAGGCUUACCACGUCACCGACAGCGCAUUAUCAUAUUUUUCUCCGAAGCAGAGUCACUCCUUAAGUAUUUUACGUCUGAACUCGUGUUGGGAGUUGACAAACCAUGGCGUCGUGAAUAUCGUACAUUCGUUGCCGCAUUUGACUGUUCUAUCGUUAUCGGGUUGUAGUAAAAUAACUGAUGAUGGUGUGGAACUUAUAGCUGAAAAUCUUCAAAAGCUUCGGGCACUCGAUUUGUCGUGGUGUCCUCGAAUUACCGAUGCUGCAUUGGAAUACAUUGCUUGUGAUCUGAACAUGCUUGAAGAGUUGACCUUGGAUAGAUGUAUCCACAUAACGGACAUCGGUGUCGGUUACAUCUCAACAAUGAUAUCCCUCAAUGCUCUCUUUUUGCGAUGGUGCUCCCAAAUUCGUGAUUUUGGCCUUCAACAUCUUUGCUCCAUGCGCAAUCUUCAGGUGUUGUCUUUGGCUGGUUGUCCAUUGCUGACCUCGAGUGGUCUUUCAAGUAUCAUUCAGCUAAGACAUUUACAAGAACUCGAGCUAACAAAUUGUGCGGGUGCUUCACAAGAGUUAUUUUCGUAUUUGAGAGAGCAUUUACCUCGAUGCUUGAUUAUUGAGUAAGUGUAAUGUGCGUGGGUGGAUGUAAUAGGCUGUAGGUGGAUGUUUUAUCAAGAAACUCGCUGAUCAAAGAUCAAAGGUGAAUAAGCAUGGAACAACAAAAACACGUCCUUUUUAAAUACCAAAGACACAAAAACAAUUUGAUGAUAGUAGAAAUAGAAGAAAAUUUAGACGACCACGCAUAUUUAGAACGGAAAAUUAGAUUUCUAAGUAAGUUUUAAGUUUUAUUUGAGGAAUGUUGAGUAGAAUUUUCAAUACAUUUUAAUGUAACGAAAGUUGAUUUCUUUAGGAGAAAAGUGACAGCGGCGUAUGUGUCAAUUAUGUUCGUUCUGAGAAUGAAAAUGAAAUUGUGACGUAAUUGACAAAUAAUUCCUCUGAACGUG